AUGAGAGAACUCGACGACAGGGAGGGCCGCAGAAGAAACUCUUCAGCUUUCCUGGAAACAAAGAGACCUUCUGCGGCGAAGAAGAGGCCGAAGCGCAGCCCAAGAGAAAAAGCUCCCAAGCGCGCAGAAGAUGCAAACACAGAACAGAAGAAAGAGGAAAGGAGCAAGUGGGGAGAGCGAAGACAAAGCAAAGACGGGGAGGAGGAGACGGAAGAGCCCAAAGGCGAGGUCCUCCUCGAGAUUCAGGAGAGAGAAGAACAAGUAACGACAAAGACGGCGAGAGAGGAAGGCAAAGAGAAGCGGCGAUAGAAGCAAGCGGGGAGAAGCAGAGAGACGGAAGAGAACAGGGAAGGAGAGGUGAAGCAGAGAAAGGGGAAGGAGAAGGAGACAGAAAGAAACAAGGAGGCAACGAAGCAGAGGGGAAAAGAGAGGCAAAGAAGCAGUUGCGCUUCUUCCGCGAUUCCUCGUCCAAGAGAAACUUUUUAGUUGGAAACAAAGACGCAGUGCACCCCAGAGAGGAAGGGGGCGAAAGUGCAGACUCGCAGAUCUUCUGCGGGAGACUCUGCUGGAAAAUAUGUUGAAAAAGAGGACAGAGAAUUCGCCUUCGC